AUGAAGGCAGCGGAGGCGCACGAGACAAUUCAAAUUCAAUACAAUCUGUGUAGGGCUGUUCCCAACCAACAGGUUGCCUGUAAAGAUCUGGGGAAUGGAGUGAUUGAGGUAUCGGGAUUAGGCAGUAGUCGCGCGACAACCUUUGCACAUGUGCAUAAUGACGGGUCGCUCUCGCAACUGUGGGCCAAAACUAUCGACACACAGCGCCGUUCGCUUCUGGGCAUGGGUACCGCUGCGUACUCGGAUCCCAUGCGAGUCGUUGUGCGUGCAUUCGAACGUGAGCUGGCGGUACGUAUUUCUAUUGUCGCCAAGAGUGAGGCGCCGGAAAGAACUUACGAGGCCGUUUCGCGCAUACAGCAGAGUAUCCAGGAGUGUGUAUAUGCUGGCACGUGCUACCACAGUCUUGCCCUGCAGACGAAUACGUCCAGUGAUAGCGAUGCCGCAAUAGCAGCAGUUGUCGGCCAGCAUCAGUUUCAAAAAGUGCGAGAUAAUGUUCUCAGAGCCGCCAACGUCCUGACGACGGAAGUAAGUAGAAGCCCCGAUGCCAUGCAUCUUUCGCUACUUUGGGACAGUUGCAACGUUGUGCUGGUAGCGGCUCAGACCCUCGUGGACCUGAUUAUGUGCGACAUCGUGAAGGAUAAGAUUUCACUUGAUCGGGUCAUGCUUGAAGGCUCGUAUUGGCGUAAAACUGUUGGCGGGAAUGUCUUGCCCGACACGAAGGUGAAAAGAAUAUCUGCAGUUUUCAAGAACCCCUGGAAAAGAUCACCGAAGAUCUCAAAGUACAAACAAACGCCGCCUCUAGCACCGUUGCCUCUCGAAUAUCGGUCGCUCACAAGCACGCCACUGUCGACGCCUUUGGAAGCUGACGAAGUCACGUACUCGAGCAAUGUAUCUGCCGUGCACCUCGACGAAUCUUCACGCACCCGAGCGCAAACACACAGCCACAAGUCGUCCAAUACAUACAUACCAUCCACCUCACCCUCAACCCGCAGAAGGACCGACAGUACAACACACGUACAUCUGGUGGAUGAUUUCAACUUUGAUGUGGUGCAAAAUGCCCAAGAUGUCGCUGCCAGUAUUCAGGGCAACAAAUAUAUCAGUGCGCAUGUGGUCAAGGAUAAGGGGCAACAGCUCAAAAGCAUCUCCGACAUACACACUCAGGGACGGAAGUACGCGAGAUCGGGCUCUGACACUAAAAUGCUUGCUGUGGACUCGGGCCAACUGACUCUCGCGACAUCUACAUCAGUCCCAUACGACAUGUACGCAUACACACAAUCACACGCGCAGCGGGCACCAUUGAAUGAUGACGGUCCGAGUCGAAUGAAGAAUUUAUUCAAUUCUGCCAGCUGUGAUGCAAUGGACAGUCUUGGUGCGACAUCAGAAGAAAAAAUUGCGUCAAUACGAAGUAAGUUUGUUGGAUCCGUGUGGGUCCUGAUAGCGAGGCGCCACCGCAUAUCUACAAGUGGCAACCCUACAACAGCGCAUCUAAUACAAUCGUGCGUAUACGUGCCGCUUAUGCACUCUGCAGAAGUUCCAAUAUAUCGAUGUCAAGCACCUUGCAAGAUAUCCUGCAUCGAUACCAACAAAGUCGAUCGUUCUGUAUAUUCAUGCACAACUUCAAAUGCGUGCUCAAGCGGGUUUAGCGUCGCAUCGAGUGCAGGAACACUGAGAAACACACAAUCACAGGGGUCUACCUACGAGAGUACAGCUCUGAAUGGUAUCGGUAGAACACCGGCUAUUCUUCCGCAACUCAAUGGUGCUAGCAGAAGGGUGCCAUCUGGGUUGGGUCAGAGAAGACUGACCGCAUUUGCAACCACAAAUCCAGCUCUAUCCAAAACUCAACUGUCGAUUGGCGGUUUGAAGGUUAGAGUGCAAGAUUCACGCACUGCCGAUUACUACCAGAAACGAAGGAGUGUGGGGGACCCUCGAACAGUCUCUACAGUGCGUACGAUAUCAAACUCUUCUGCACGCGUGGCCAAGGAUAGGUCGGGUGGGACGAAGACUUCGUGUGGAAUCAAGCAUACGCAGACGAAUGUGAAGAGCACAAUCAAGCAGUGUAGCAGUGCGGGUGAUGACGACGGCACGCGCAGAAUCAGUGGCAGCGGUAUUGUGAAGCAAAUCCCAACUGUAUUGGUUGGGUGCUCGGGAGAUGGCACGACGAGGAGGACUGUACAGACCCACACAAUACAUAUUGACGAACAAGGAAGUGAAGGUUCUGGCAACGGAUGCAAUGAAGGAAGGACGGGCGCCGUCAGCCAGAGUCAGAGUAUACCGCACGGGCAGAAAUCACAUAGGAAUGGUAAUGUCUUGAGGAGUACUGAUUCGCAGGAACGAGAAUACAUAUCAGCUAGUACCAAGAAUUCGUGCAUGAAAAUUGUAACGAAGGAAAGUAUAGGCAAGCAGGAAGAACUACAAACGCCCAUACAGGCUAAACAUUCGCGAACACACUCUGACACGUCCCAAUUGUCGCCUGUCAGUAACUGUAUGUGCUCUACCGGUGAUUGCAAUCCUAGGCGGACAAUUACUUGUAACGGUCAUAUUGUAUCAGGUGAUGCUGAUUUGUUGUCACACCUAGAUCAAAUACAGCCUACAAGAAUUGUCGCGUCUCUGUCACCGCCUGUCAACACGCGCAACGGCAGUAAGGAUGGUGCUGAAUGCGGCAGAAGCCGAUCAAGCACUCAUCAACGCACCUCGUCUCUCGAACUGAAGCAUGAGAGUAGGCCGAGUGGAUCGCCACUACGAACGUUCGAGGGACAAGAAAGAAAAACAUCCGGCUCGUGGCGACUACUGAAAACCAAACCUUCAAAUCCGAAAGCACUCAAGGCACAUCGAACCGUCUCUAUCGGCUCGUGCAAGGGUGUGGGUAGUAUCUCACAGGAAUGGGGCCCGCUCGAUUCGUUAUCAAGCGAAUGCCUGAAUUCGCGCAGUCUUCUAUUUGAAGGGGGUGCGUCACUCCUCAAGCCACCUACUGCUCCAUCCAGACUGCCAGCGAAAAACAUCAUGCAAAUAAGGACAGACGAUUUUGUGCAGCACUGCUGUCUAACAGACGCAAAGAUGAUAUAUAACGUCAAGGCCACAGAGUUCCAAAAGUGCGGGUGGUCAAAGCCGAGCAAGGAAGAGACAUCUCCAAACAUACUGGCGAUGAUACGCAGCUUCGACUACCUGGCUCUACUCGUUGCCAGUGAGAUCCUGUUGCGUCUGACGGCGGAGGGUCGAGCUGAAGUCAUAGAAAAAUAUAUCAAAAUCGCCGACGGACUUGCACAGGACAAUAACUACAAUUCCCUAAAAGCUGUGCUGGCUGGUUUACAAUGCCAGCCUAUCUUCCGACUAAGCAAAACUUGGGCACUCGUUCACGCGAAGAGGAAGAAAACAUUUGAGCAGCUGGGGUCACUAAUGUCAGAAGAAGAAAACUACAGGAACUACAGGGAUACGCUAAAGAAGUCCGGCUUCCCCUGCAUCCCCUAUUUGGGCGUCUACUUGACCGACGUAACGUACACAUACCUUGCGCUGCAAUCAUCGACUGCAGAAAUGGAAAGGCGUGUGGGUGGCAUUAUUGAAGAAUUUCAAGACUACCAGCGUUUGUCGUCGUAUCAAUACCAGAACAAGCCUGGAGUUCAUAUCUACAUGGAAUGCGCCAGUGUUAAUACCGACUCCGAAAACUACACAUUGUCGCUGCAGAGGGAACAGAAACAGCAACCCAAGGCCCAGCAGGGUUCUGGUAAGGGAUUAAACUAG